AUGGCAUUUUGCAGUAUCGAGCCUUUUCAGUAUGUGGCUCUCCGGCUACCCUCUGAUCAGAUCAGAGUCGAACAAAUACUCCCCAACACCCUCAUAAAUCUCGGCAAAUAUGGAUCGUUCCAUUCGAACCAGAUCAUUGGCCGUCCUUACCACUUGACUUUUGAGAUUGUCGACCGCUCCGAGGCAAAAGACGGCAGGGAACUACGGAUCGUCCCAGCCGCGGAACUGCACGCCCUUGCCCUCGUGGAGCAGGCGGAAACAGAGGACGUAUCAACGCCUGGCGACGAGACGCCAGCACAAGGAACGCCAAAAUCCAAUGUCAACACGCACGAUGACCCGACCAAUCAGAAACUGACCAUGGCCGAGAUCGAAGCACUCAAGCAGAGCGACAUGGGCAGUGGCAAGGAGUUGAUCGAGAAGAUCAUGCAGUCCCACUCUACGCUCGAUCAGAAGACGGCGUUUUCUCUCGCCAAGUACACGUUGCGCAAGCACAAGAAGUACCUGAAACGGUUCUGCGUGCUACCCUUGGACGUCUCCAGGAUGGUGGACUGGAUGAUGGCCGAUCGAGAUUUCGCGCGAGUUAUGGAGAUGAGGAAUGAGGCAAUAGGGCUCGUGGGUUGCUGGGCCAAUGUCCACGCCAGCGGACAGGAAGAACAGUUCUUUCCUGAGGUCCCCCCCGCAUCGCGCUACCUGAUGGUCGACGACUCGGGCGGGUUACUGGUUGCGGCUAUGGCCGAGAGGAUGGGCAUUCUGCACCAGACUAACUACGAAGGAGUAGAAGUUACUACUGAUACGGACGGCGAUGUUGAUGGUGAUGGUGACGACAAUCAUCAUCCUGCUGAGCACCCACACCCCCACCAACAACCGGAGUCUCAUAAACAGACCCAAACUCAAACUACACUCCCGCACAAGCCCAGGAGGCAGCAAUAUCGACUCGACGCCAUGAGCGCCACCUCCAACCACAUCACCGUGGUGCAUGCCAAUCAGCAACCCAACCUGGCGCUUCUCCGAUAUUUUAAUUUCGACUUCAACAACCCCACCUCCUCCCACCCUCUGUACACUAAUCUCAAGACCCUCUCCUGGCUCCAACUCAUAGAUCCAGAUUCCGACACCACCUACCAAGAGCCCGAGGUCGUGCCCGCCGAAGAGCUUGCAAAGGCAAAGUCGAACAAGCGGAGUGCCUACUACCGCAAACGCCGGCGCUGGCAGAGGGUCAAAAAGGUCAUAGACGAGACCCGAGAGGGCGGCUUCAACGGUCUCGUAGUGGCGAGCCACACGGACCCCACGUCCAUUCUUCGACAUCUCGUCCCUCUCCUGGGAGGCGGUGCCCAAGUCGUGGUAUACUCGCCCAACGUCGAGCCGCUAGUCAGUCUAGCCGACUACUACUCGACAGCGAGAAGGACGGCUUAUCUAGGAUUACCGGAGGACGAGCGGCAGGUGCCUUCCGAGGAUUUCCCCGUCGACCCAACGCUCCUGUUGGCUCCGAUGGUGCAGACGGCACGAGUCAGAAAUUGGCAGGUCUUGCCAGGUCGAACGCACCCGCUGAUGACAAGCCGUGGUGGAGCAGAGGGAUACAUAUUCACGGCUACGAGAGUUUUGCCCGCCCAGGGUAAAGUCGAAGCCAGAGGACGGCCGCCACGAGGAAAGAAAGUCAAGCCCGAUACGGCCGACACCCCAAACUCAACUGUUGAUGACCCGCCCCAGUCACCGCUGAAGAAGCAGAAAACGGAAAUUGGAAAUAAUCUUGACGAGACGGUCCAAGCACCUGCUGAACCCUUGCAGCCAGGGGCAGACGUAGAAACGUAG